AUGGAAAAUGGGAGAGCUCAUACCUUAACAGUGUUGUUCAUCCUCACGUGUGCGCUGGGCUACGUGACCUUGCUUGAAGAAACACCACAGGAUACAGCCUACAACACCAAGAGAGGUAUUGUUGCCAGUAUUUUGGUUUUCUUAUGUUUUGGAGUUACACAAGCUAAAGAUGGACCAUUUUCAAGACCUCAUCCAGUGAAGACCGUGCAGGACGGCAGGCAGUUCAUGAAGUACAUUGAUCCGCACCUGGGGGUUCCUCUGCCGGAAAGAGACUACGGCGGCAACUGCCUCAUUUAUGAUCCUGGCAACGAAACGGAUCCGUUUCACAACGUCUGGGACAAACUGGAUGGCUUUGUUCCUGCUCACUUUUUCGGCUGGUACCUGAAAACAUUGAUGAUUCGAGACUGGUGGAUGUGUAUGAUCAUCAGUGUGAUGUUUGAGUUUCUGGAGUACAGUCUGGAGCACCAGCUUCCAAACUUCAGUGAAUGUUGGUGGGAUCACUGGAUAAUGGAUGUGAUCUUGUGUAAUGGAUUAGGAAUUUACUGUGGGAUGAAGACUCUGUCUUGGCUGUCUUUGAAAACAUACAAAUGGCAAGGACUCUGGAACAUUCCUACGUACAAAGGUAAAAUGAAGAGAAUUGUCUUCCAGUUCACCCCGUACAGCUGGGUCAAAUUUGAGUGGAAGCCAGCAUCCAGCUUACGCAGAUGGCUAGCAGUUUGUGGCAUAAUCUUUGUAUUUUUAUUGGCAGAGCUGAACACAUUUUACUUGAAGUUUGUCCUUUGGAUGCCACCAGAACACUACUUGGUCCUGUUACGACUUGUCUUUUUUGUCAAUGUGGGAGGUGUGGCUAUGAGGGAGAUCUACGACUUCAUGGAUGACCCGAAGUUCCAUAAGAAACUGGGUCAGCAGGCGUGGCUGGUGGCUGCUAUUACUGCCACGGAGUUCCUGAUCGUCGUGAAGUACGAUCCCUAUACACUCACGCUCUCUCUUCCUUUCUACAUUACCCAGUGCUGGAUCCUGGGAAUCAUGCUCGUGCUCACCUGGACAGCCUGGCGCUUCUUCAUUCGCGACAUCACUUUGCGGUAUAAAGAGAUCAGGCGACAGAAGCAAGAGCACAGACACGAAAAGGACAAAUCCUUGAGCAAUGGUGGUGGACACUCGUCGGUGCUGGAUGAACAAAAUGGGAACAAACUGCGGGAGAGGAAACUUUGA